AUGAGCGAUGGGCAGCAUGCAGUAGCCAAAAUUCUUGCCAUGGGGCUGCUUGAAGGAAACUAUUUUCCUGUCCAACUUUCGAAGACUUUUUUGGAAAGAACCAUAUUUGGAAAAGUUCAUUCUGAUCUAACUAGUGACUUUAUAGACUAUAUGUCACCUUCAGAUGCAGAACUCAUGAAACAUGCACUGGAUAAUUUUGAUGUUAAUUAUGAUGAUCCCAUAGAUAAUCUUGAUACUUUCCAAUGUAAAUGGCAACCCACUAAGGAUAACUUCAAGAAGUUGAUGAAAGGUGUGGCUGAUAAAGAGAUGAUCCAAAAGCCAAUGUUUGUGAUUGACUGUUGGCAUCCAAUUCUGAAAGAAAUCCUUGAUAACGAGGUUGAGCAGGCUUGUGAGAGUGAGACCAAGAGCCAAGAAAUUGAAGCUCGAAUGAUUGAAGAGUCAAGGAGAGACCUGAUGAGUGUCAAUAACAAGAUCGCUCGUUUCGAGAAAACGAGUAAAAUCUCGACAAAUUCCGAGCUCAGUACUGAACAAACUACAAAACAUGGAAACAUCUUCAGCGCCCUCCGGGAGGAGAGGGAUACAAGAGAUACAACGGCGGAGGUCUCCACACCUCCUGGGAACGAAGACGGCAACAGAGAUGGGAGUUCGGAAAGCAACAGGGACAUGUCCAAUGAAGUGAGUGACAGGAAAGAAAGAGAGGUUUACGAGAAAAGCAUUCAGGAGAAGUUUGAGGAAAAGAUCAGAUAUAGUCCCAAGCAAAGUAAGAAGGUAAAAAAUGAAGGGGGAAAAGCGGCUUGGAAGGCCGCGGUGCUGCGGUUGGUCCGCAAAAGUAGAGCGCUCGUGGAGCUCGCCAGGGAAUCUGCAGGUAUGGACGCCGACAUGAAAUCAGCAAUUUUCGGCAUCAGUGAAGUCUCGGAUACGAUUACGGAAGAACUAGGGGAGUAUGAACGGCGAACUGAGAAAGAGGAUGGUAUGAGGAAGGCUAGACAGGAGAUUGGCUGCUAG